UCGAACAUGUCCCUGUUCCCGCAACCACGAUGGCUUCGGCGGUGGAUCCGACGGCGGAUGAACCCACUCCCGGUGGAUAAGGCCGCACUGUGGAAGGGCCGCAUCAGUAUCUUCUACAGUAUCGUGGCCUGGAACGCGCUCGGCUGGGUCGGAUACAUGGUGUACACCGGCCGUAACGAUUGGGCCAAAUACUAUGGAUACAAGACGGACGAGGAGGCGCAGCUGCCCCAAGCGGUUCGUUUCGCCAAGCAGCUCAACAUGCCCAACGCCCACGUGAUGAAGUUCUCCGGCCUGAAGAAAACGGACGAGUACGAGCUAAAGGACAUGGAGGUAAUUCGGUCCGCGACGGGCGCAACCACUGAAAAGGACGUUUCGGAUCACUAACAACAAUCGACUUUGUGAACUUUUGUAGAUAUACUUUACUGUACCUUUUGUCUCUAGAUAUCGUUGCAAUAAAAUAACAAUAAAAGUGAGUAAAUUUU